AUGCCGCGACAACUACCUUGGGCGGGCAAAGCUGGCUCGAGUCGAACACAAGUAAAGGCGCCGCCACGAAAGAAACAGCGUGUGGUGUCUGCUGUAGAUGACGACUUCUUUGGCGGCACCAUUCUCGCAGGCAGCAAGAAAGGCAAGGAAAGAGCAGUGAAUUCGGACGAUGACCUAUCCGAUCUUGCCGUGGAAUCAAAAACUCCACGGACAAAUCUCCUGGGCAAAGGCCCCCGUAGCGCGGACCGAGCGCCAUCUUCAUCGCCACCGCCAGAAGUAGAGGUACAACCAACGGUUGAGCCUAUGCGCAAGGGCGUGUCCAAGUUUGAUCUUCGCGAUGAUGAAUGGAUGAUGGUGGAAGACGAAUUCCUGGAGACUGCCAACUUGUUUACGCGUCACCUACACAUUGCAGAAUAUCAACGAUUGAAAGAGACAAUCGAAGCGAAGAAGAAGGAAGUUGCAAACGAGAUCCAACGACCAGUGGUGCCUAAUGCGAAGUUGUCCUUUGAAAGCGCCAUCAAAGAAAAAGCCAGAUUGCAAGCGAGAAAACAGAAAGAAGCUAUCCGAGACGUAUUGGAAACUCAACACGAUCCUUUCAUCACUCCUGCAAGAAUCUCAACCGCCCCCUCACACAUGUCAUCUGAUUCCGACGGCGAGGACCUAGACGCCAUCCAGCGUCCACCAAGACGUGCUCUUCCAAGCAAGCAAACACCAACAGCAACAACACCGCGCCCAACAAUCUCCACACCACAGCCACUAUCAAAAUCUAAACCAAAACCAUACUCAACCCCAAAACCAACAGCAACAUCACCCACACCCACCCCACACCCCUUCAAAAAACCCGCUCCACCUAAUACCCCAAACCCCCGCACCAGACCCCCCCGCCCAACCCCCUUCGACAUGCUCGACGACUACCUCCCCAAGAUACCCACCACCCCAGCCCCAAACCCAUCACUCUUUGACCCCCACGCCACCGCAUCGCCCACAGCAUCGCCAAGCAGCACACCAAUCCGUAAAAUGAACAGCGACACGCAGUUCAGAGGCAAGCAUGAGCGGGAGGACUAUUCGAAUAAGGUGAAGAAGGAGGAGAAGAAGAAGCAGGGUGCGGUUCAAUUGGAUGAUAUACCGACAUUUUUGUUUUGA